AUGUAUUCCCGAUGCAUCAAUCUCAGACACAAAUACGGCAUGCCCGGCAAUCCCCAAGGAACCCAGCCCGAAAGCAAAGUCCAAAUAAUGAGUGACGAAAAAUCUCCCCCUGACUUCGCAAUGUUGCACGGCAAAGACCAAAAGAACUUCACAGCCCUAAAGCCUAAAACUCGCUACCGAACCCCACCCCAACCCACCCCCAACAGAUGGCUGUUUAAGAUGUUCCAUGGCAGUGGAGAAGAAUUUUGGGGAAUGAGUUUGGGGCCUUUUAGAAACAACAAUGUAGUGAAAUCACUGUUAACCUCCGUCCGGGCGCAUGUGCAUCUUGGUGACCAGCCAAAUGACGGGCUGAACGAUGACAUGAAAGACAAAACCCCCAAGAGAGGUCACGUCCGGAUAAAUAACCAGUUCAUCAGGCCCCAACAGACCGUAUGGUAUUCAUGUGAUAAAACACAGUCAUAG